AUGGAGGAUGAGAACAUGACACACGCAAGGGCAUCUGCCCGGACGCGCAUCCCCCAGGCUGGUCUCCGCGAGAUGACUUCGGCCACAACCAAUUCGCGCUCGGGCAUUCUUCCUCCUGGCUCCAUUGCCAGCAAGGCGAGCGUCUCCCCAACCCGUCCCAAGACAGCCAAUCCCACCGAAACGAAACGAUCUGGCUCCAUCACUCGCCCGACUAAGAUGCAUAAUAGAGGGAACUCCUUUGCUUCGUCGACCAUAUCACGACCAGGUUCAACCACCACCCGACCGACCAACGGGUCAUUUUCCGCCACCGUCGGUUAUGGCGCGCGACCCCCAUCCGCGAUAUCUCGACCACAAUCAUCCCUGGGUGCGACUCGCAAACACGCAGGUCCAUCAGUCUCGCGCCCAGCAACAUCGUUGGCCACCCACAGUGAAGAGACAGGCAGUGUUCUCGGAAAGCGAAAGGCUGUCGUCGAUUCGGCGCGGAGCCCAUCUCCCAGUCGUCCCAAAGAUUUCUAUAAAGCCCCUUUGCCUAUGUCCAAAGUCCCUGUCAUGGAAACCCAUGUCAGACCAAGAUACAAAACCCCAUCACCUUCCCCUAAGCGUUCCAUUAGAAAACCGCAGCCACUCCUGUUCCUUCGCAAGGAUUCCUCAGUCCAGACCUUUGACCAUGCUACAGAUGCCGAGUGGGACCAGGAGUCUCGGGAGAAUAAUAUGGAGGACCUUUUCCUAAAGAUGAUAUCGCAGUUGAACAAAACCGGACAGGAGAGCUUUGGUCUCAAAGAGACGGUGGAUCUAUACAAGACCAGAAUCAGCGAACUGGAAAGUUCUCGCGACGGCCUGACCGAAACCAAUCUGACUUUGCGGGUGGAAUUGGAAUCACUGAAAACCCAGCUCAGUACCGCCGAGAACGCAUUGAAAGAUGCACGACGAGAGCACGAAAUUGCCCUUGAUGAACUCGACCGCCGCCAUUGCAUUGAAAUGGAGUCGAUCAAGCAGGAUGGCAAGACGGACUUGGAGAUACUGGGUGUCCGACAUCAGGACGAGAUUCGGGAGCUGAAAAGGCAGUUUGAACGGGACAUCGAGGAUGAGAAAGCUGCCCGCGUCCGAGAACUGAGCCAGCUCACAUCGCAAUCUGCGAUGGAUACCCAAAAGACACAGAUCGAAUUGGAGAAGAAGGAUCGUGAACUCACCUCUUUGGAGAAAGACCUGCACGUGAUGAAAGUUGAGCUCGAACGCGAGCGGAGGAACACCAUGGACCUCCGCCAAAACUUGGAUACAGCGAGUAGCAACAGCGUCACAUUGGAAUAUUCACUGCGGGCCCUCAAGGCACGUAUUGAAUUCCUGGAAGGUGGACGAGAGGAACAAUCCGAGGCCUUUGAGCGAUGCAACCAGCGGAUGAUGGACGCGUUGGCGGAAACUGACGCCGUCAAGGAAAAACUACGCAAAGAGGAGACCAUGCGGCGUAAGCUUCACAACCAGGUGCAGGAGCUGAAAGGCAACAUCCGCGUGUUCUGCCGUGUUCGUCCAUCGUUGAAUGGGGAACCCGACUCUGAUAUUACUCCGAUGCAGUUCGCCGACCAGUCGGACGAUGCCAAAGAGAUCAAUGUCCUGGGCCCGGAAGAGAAGAGCAGCCUCGGUACGAUUUCGCGCAAAAACAACACUUUCUCCUUUGAUCGGGUCUUCGGCCCGUCAACCCAGAAUGGCGAAGUCUUCGAUGAGAUCAGCCAGCUGGUCCAGAGCGCGCUGGACGGCUACAAUGUUUGCAUUUUCUGUUAUGGGCAAACUGGCAGUGGCAAGACAUACACCAUGUCCUCGCUAGACGGUAUGAUUCCCCGUGCCGUUCAUCAAAUCUACGACACCGCGCAGAGCUUGGAAGAGAAAGGCUGGGGGUACACGAUGGCGGGCAACUUUGUCGAAGUGUACAACGAGAACCUCAACGACCUUCUGGGUAACCCGGAGGAGUUGGAUAAGAAGAAGCACGAAAUCCGACAUGACAUGCAACGUGGCAAGACUACCAUCACCGACAUUAACACCGUGCACCUCGACUCCCCCGAGAUGGUCGAGUCCAUCCUCAAACGGGCGGCGGCCAAUCGGUCGGUAGCGGCCACCAAGGCCAAUGAGCGUUCAUCACGAUCCCACUCCGUCUUCAUUCUCAAGCUCAUCGGCGAGAACCACAUCACCGGUGAACGCAGUGAGGGGACUCUCAACUUAGUCGAUCUGGCCGGUAGCGAGCGCCUUAGCCACAGCGGUGCUACAGGUGAGCGUCUCAAGGAGACGCAGAACAUUAACCGCAGCCUCAGUUCCCUUGGUGAUGUGAUCGCCGCCCUGGGUCAGGGCAAGGAUGGUGGACACAUCCCCUACCGGAACAGCAAGCUCACCUACCUACUCCAAUUUUCACUGGGUGGAAAUUCCAAGACGCUCAUGUUCGUCAUGGUUAGCCCGCUCAAGGACCACUUGUCAGAGACGUUGACCAGCUUGAAAUUCGCAACCAAGGUGCACAAUACCCACAUCGGCACGGCCAAGCGUCAGGCCCGUGUUCGAGACACUUGA